UGGAUUCAGGUACAGUUUCAAGUUAUGAAAUGAAGACCACUAUUGGAUCAAUGAUGAUGUUGCUUUUGAUGGUAGUCUUUGUGGGUUACACUAUGAUUUGGAUCAUGAUGCCUACAAAUACUUACUAUCUGCACUGGCUGCCAGACAUUCAUGCAAAAACAGACUCCACAUAUUUUGGGCAGCAAGGUGCAGGCAUACUUGUUUACACAUUUCCGGUCCUAUUUACUGCCACUUUGGGGUGUUUAUUGCUUCAUUUAAGAAAUAAAACUGCAGAUAAUAACAACCAAAGGUACCUUCUUUCUCUUGUUUUUUCAUCAUGGAAACGACCAGUGCUGGUGAAAGGCCCUCUUGGGAUUGUUUCAUGGAUUGAGCUCUCCUUUCUGGCAAUGUUCAUUGCUCUACUAGUCUGGUCCAUCUCUUCUUACUUGCAUGGGAUGUUUGCAACCAUCACCCUACAAGCUGCUGCAAAGCGAGAGCAUGUGUGGCAAGCAAAGUUAGAAAGUACAGCAGUAAUGCUAGGCCUAGUUGGGAACAUCUGUCUAGCCUUUCUCUUCUUCCCGGUGGCACGAGGUUCUUCAAUUCUGCAGCUCGUUGGUCUUACUUCAGAAGCAAGUAUCAAGUACCAUAUCUGGCUCGGCCAUCUUGUCAUGACUAUCUUCACAGCUCACGGUUUAUGUUACCUCAUAUAUUGGGCCUGCACAAGUCAAAUUUCACAGGUGCUCAAAUGGGAGAAGAUUGGAAUAUCAAAUGUGGCUGGAGAAGUGGCAUUGCUGGCUGGAUUAGCCAUGUGGGCUACAAGCUUCCCUCGUAUAAGACGCAAGAUCUUCGAGCUCUUUUUCUACACUCAUCACCUCUACAUUGUCUUUGUUGUCUUCUUCGUGUUCCAUGUGGGCUUCUCCUACUCUUGCAUAAUGCUUCCAGCCUUCUACCUCUUCAUCAUUGAUCGCCUCCUGCGUUUCUUGCAAUCCCAACAAAGAAUACGCCUCAUUUCAGCCCGGGUCCUGCCUUGUGAGGCUGUUGAGUUGAGCUUCUCCAAGAUCCCAGGACUUGGCUAUUCUCCAACAAGCAUGAUGUUUCUGAAUGUGCCUGCCAUUUUCAAGAUACAAUGGCACCCUUUCACUAUUACUUCAAGCAGCAAUAUGGAUCCUGAUACCCUAAGUGUAGUCAUUAAAAGCAAAGGAAGCUGGACUCGAAGUUUGUACCAGAAGUUUGCAUCAUCAAGCACUUGUCCAAUAGACCGCCUUGGGGUCUCAGUUGAAGGACCUUAUGGACCUGCCUCAAACAACCUUCUAAGGCACGAUACAAUAGUGAUGGUGAGUGGAGGAAGCGGCAUUACUCCAAUGAUAUCCAUAAUCCGAGAACUCCUAUAUCAAGCCAGUGGCUCAGAAAAGAAGACUCCACAAAUUCUACUCAUAACUGCCUUCAAAAAAUCACUUGAUCUCACCUUGUUAGAUCUCAUCCUUCCAGCUUCAGGCACAAACUUGGACAUUUCUUGCUUAAAAUUGCAGAUUGAAGCUUACGUGACAAGAGAGAACCAACCCGCAGCACAUAACAAGAAGCCUCUGCAAACAAUGUGGUUCAAACCAGACCCACUGGAUUCAGCAGUUUCAGCAGUAUUAGGCCAAAACAGCUGGCUUUGGCUUGGAGUGAUCAUAUCCGUGUCUUUCAUCAUUUUCCUCAUGCUAAUGGGAAUCCUCACACAAUAUUACAUAUACCCCAUCGACCACAACUCUGAUCUGAUAUACUCUGCCUCUUAUAGAUCUGCCUUAAACAUGUUAUUGCUAUGCGUUUCCAUAGCCACAACUGCCACUGCAGUUUUCCUAUGGAACAAGAAACAAAACACAAAGGAGAUGGGACGGAUUCAAGACAUAGACACACAGCCACAGAUUGCUACUUCACCAAGUGCUGGAAUUUACAAUGCUGACAGAGAACUCGAAAGCCUUCCCCACCAGUCCUUUGUCCAAACUACAAACGUGCACUAUGGCACACGGCCAGAUCUUCAUAGGAUAUUAUUGAACUGCGAAGGAUCAAGCAUCGGGGUUUUUGUUAGCGGACCAAGGAAGAUGAGGCAAGAAGUGGCUGCAAUAUGUUCAUCCCCGUCAGUUCAUAACCUACAUUACCAUUCCAUGAGUUUCAGCUGGUAGAAAAAGCUGCAAGGUCCUAGAAUUUGCUUCGAGGAUUACCGACGAGAUUGGUUACCAGUAGCAUAGAGAGUUGGUAACUGCAUUUUCAAGUGAAAAGCAGAUGUAUAAAUUUACAGUCCGUUCUUUCAAAACUCUUUGAUUCAUUUCAUACCACUGAG